AUGGCUGAAUCUCUGCACGAGCUCCUGGAUCCCCAGCGGACCGUGACUGACGGCGCUGCCCUGAAAUAUCUGGCCCAUUUGGCGGAUGUGCCUGCCAAUGCCCUUGCCGCCUCCGAGCCGCAGCAGCUUACGCAUACAUCGCACUCAGUCCUGCUCCAGAUCCAGGCUCUCUCAAAGCGAUCGCACAAGCCUCUGGUUGCGUCGGCGGCCAGUCAUUCGACCCUGCGCCAGUCGUUGCCGGCGCUCGCCCAGAGUGCUGCCGACCUGGGCCAGUCUGUCCCGCGUUUGGAUGGCCAAGCUGAGUAUUUUGCCACUACUUUUGGCAAGGCAGCCGAGAGCGAUACGCUCGCUCGUCGGAAACGGGCCCUUCGCAUGCUGCAGAACUCGGAGCGUUUGGUGGACGCCAUGGAGCUCCCUCCUCUCCUGAAUUCCGCCAUCAGGACCACGCCUGUCAACUACUCAUCCACCCUUGAUCUGUAUACCCACAUCCGUCGUCUUGCAUCUCUAUACCCCAGUUCUCCGCUAGUCUUGUCUAUCCUGAGCGAGGCAGAUAUUGCCAUUCGUCAAAUGGCUGUGGACCUCAUCUCAAGUCUCAAAGCACCCAGCCUCAAAUUGGCUGCCGCUCUCAGAACUGUCGGUUGGCUCAAGCGGAUUGCCCCUGACCUUAUCAGCGACGCCUCCCCAAACGAUGCACUCCCAGCGCUCUACCUAGUCUGUCGUGUUGCCACGCUUCUCAAUCAACUGGAGGCUCUAGAUCCGCUGAGGGAGUUGGCCGAAGAGGAGCGGUCCAGGCAAGGUAAAUCAACACAGUCUAAUUUUGGUGGGCAACAAACCGAGAGGUACCUGAAACGCUAUGUCGAAAUCUUUCGUGAACACACAUUCAGCAUUGCUUCGGUUUUUAAGAGUGUCAAUGCCAGCUUCGAUUCUCCAGCAUCUCAUAGCGUGGACGAUGAAUCUCUCAUGCCGCUCCCCUCAGCUAUCUCUACACUGCCGCUGCAUCUUGUGGAGAUGCUACUCGAGACCUUGCGACAGCACCUGCCUACAGUCAAGGAGCAGGCUGCCCGGGAGAGCAUACUGACGCAGGUUCUUUACUGCUCUGGCAGCUUUGGUAGACUGGGCGCCGACUUUGGCUUGCUCCUGUCUACCAUCGGAGUCAGCGAGUGGGUGGACUUGGUGAAGCGACACCGCCUGCUGGCUGGCCGACUGGAGUCUGUCAUCGGCGAUUACAGUAGAGGCCAGAGCACCAGCACCAAUUGA